GGACAAAUUGUGGGAAUCACCCGUUCUAAGUUUCCAUGGUAUCCUUAGCCUAGUGGACCAUGACAUGGAUCUGGCAACCAUGUAUCAGGCUGUAGCAAGUGUCAGGUGUCGCGAAGUUUCGGCAAAACUCCGCGGAAGUACGUACAGGAAUUUAGGUAGCUGCAAAGAUGGAUAGCGCUCCAUUCAGUCGAAAGUCGUGGGUGUCGCAGUCACUGCGUGUCACUGCAAAGGAGUUGUCACUGGUCAGCGGACGAGGAAGAAGCAACGCCAUCGCCGAGCGCUUCUCCAAAUACCAGAAAGCUGCAGAGGAUGCACAUAAGAGAAAAGGAGGCUUUGACAGCGCGUCCACCUCCCAGCGCACAAGCAAUCUGAGUGCUUUGAAGAAGCGCUGGGAGCAAGCGGGGAACGGCAGUCAUCAGGACAAGACUCCAUUCAUCUCUGCGCCUAUAAACAAUCAAAGCACAUUUCCUACCCUGACCAGAGCGGCUUCUGUCAGCGAGCAGCCCUCUGUUCCUAAGAGUCCGGUGGCCUGGCGGCCUCCACAGGAAGCUCCACCCAGCACACCUGCCACCGAUCCCGUCCUCGUGCCCCCUGCUGCUCUACAAGCAGAAGAACAGAGUGGGAUGGAGAAAGAUGAGCUGACACAGAGCAAAGCGCCAGAAAAGCCUGACGAACAAGUUCCGACUAGUCCUCGUGCCUCCUAUGAAAAGCCCAGAGUGCCACUCAACAAUCUAAAGAUGAAGUUUGAGAAGGCAGACGAUAGCCUACUAAAGGGCUCCAGGUCGACUCUCCUAAGUGCUUCGUCAGAAGAGAUGGAGCAAACCUCUGUGUGUGACCGCGUGCUGGAGAAGACAUCACUAAGGGAGAAGCUGGCCAAAUACUCUGCUGCUGUGUCCAAACAAAGCAAUACCAAAUCUGCUGUGACCCCAGAGGUGCUGCCCUCCAAAAUAUCUCUACUUGCAAUUGAGAAAGCGACGGCAGGACCCGAGUGUAAUGGGGAUAGUAGCAGUGAGCCUCCAAAACCAUCCAGGAAGUUCUGCCCUCCAGUGAAGGAGACGUGCGUUGCUUGCCAGAAGACUGUGUACCCCUUGGAGAGAUUGGCGGCUCUUCAGCACAUCUACCACAAGAGCUGCUUCCGCUGCGUCCACUGCAGCACAAAGCUAAGCCUGGGCAACUUUGCUUCUCUGCACGGCAACGUGUACUGUAAGCCUCAUUUCAGUCAGCUGUUUAAAGCUAAAGGCAACUACGACGAGGGCUUCGGCCACCGGCCUCACAAGGAGUUGUGGGCGCCUCGCAAGGAUGGAGAUGAAGGCGAAGAGGAGCUAGUGAAACCCAGAGAACAAGUAGCGGCACAGAGGGGGAGAGCCGAGUCCGUGGAGAGCAUGUCAGACAAACAGCCCACCCCAACUGCCGAAGAAGCAUCCCCACCAGUCAAGGUCACCGACCUCGCUGCACACCUGGAGACUCGGAUGCAGAUGGCCGCCAGCUCCGCAGAGAAGCCGGCCGAGACUCGCAGGUUGAGGAUCGCCUGGCCGCCCCCUGCCGGCGAAGGCACCCCCGGCGCAGGUUUGCGCAGCCCGGCCUCGGAGGGCGGCGCCUCGGGUCGAGCCUGGAGGGCCAAGUGGCCCCCAGAGGACGACUCGCUGUCGUCCGCUUCGUCAUCCCACAGUACCGAGCGUGCCGAACUGACGAGUCUGAGGAGGAGCUCCUCUCUAAGGGAACGCAGUCGGGCCUUCACCUUGGCUGCCCAGGCCAGCCCCAAUCCCACCGCCAUUCCCAAGGAGCCUCGCCGGCCUCUCAAGGCCCUGCAAGAAUGGAGAGCGUCCCUGGAGGAAAAGAGCUCAUCUCAAGAAAGAAUGGCAGACAAGAAAGUGGAUCUGCAGAGGAAGAGCGAUGAUAGAGAGAAGCAAAUCGCUAGUGAAGUCGUCAAUCAAAGUAGCCCGGAGGUGGUCGUGGAGGGUGACCAUCAAGGUGGUGAACACGCACAGGAAGGAAGCCCAUUGGCCGACGACGGCUCCUUGACCACCUCUCCUGACAUCUCGGUGUCCCCCUCGCCGCCCGCGCAGCCCAAACUGAACCACGCCUCGCAGGACGUCGGCUUCUGGGAGGAGGACAGAGACGAGAGGGACGCAGAGGAGCUGACGGCAGAAGACAUCAUCAAGAGGAACCGUUACUACGAUGACGAUGACGACGACGACGAAGACGAUUACUGAGACGAGCUUAGUGAACUCAAUUUGUCUUAUAAGAAAUUGUCUUAAUUUCUCAAGUUUAAUGCUUUUUGGUUUUACCUUUGUAUAUUCAACAUAACUCCUAAUUAUACCGUUUGAGGAGUCAAAUAUCUCAGUUACCAUACUACUGUGUUGAAGACAUUAAUUAGACUGGAAACAAAUCUCAGGUAAAGAAAUAAUCACAACUGAGCAGCUGCUCUGAAUAGCUUUACUUUUGUUGAACACCUUAACAGAAACUACGGUGUUGCCAUAUUAGCCGAACCGGUAAAAAGGGAUUUGAAAUUUGUGUGAUCAUUUUUAACCCUUAAGCAAGAAUCUGACCGACCAACCCAAGAUGCUCUUGAAAUGUUCUUAGUGCCACAAAGAAAGACUGACAAAGCGCUCCUGAUUAAUAUAUUUUCAAAAAAAAUUCUCCAUGUUUGAUUUUGUGAAGUACGUAAUU